CUUCUCUCGAAAGAUCUUGCUAUUGAGGAUUGAAAGGCUAAAUUUUUAUAUUUUUUUCCUGAUUAGAUUUCCAGAACCUCAUCUGGCUUACGCUCAUCAUCUGGUAUUACGCUUCUCUCUGUUCCCGGCUCCAGAAAUAUGGCCUUGCAGGGAACGGAGAACGCUUACGAAGAUCCAAAUCUUGCCGACGAUGAACAAGAAGAAUUCUCCGAAUCCUUUGUUUGCUGCGUUUGUCUGGAUCUAUUAUACAAGCCUAUUGUACUGUCUUGUGGUCACAUAUCCUGUUUCUGGUGUGUCCAUCAGUCAAUGAGCCCCCUUUGUGAGUCUCAUUGUCCAAUUUGUAGGCGUCCAUAUUAUCACUUUCCAACAAUCUGUUGGAUGCUUCACUUUUUGCUUCAGAAGAUGUAUCCUGCUGCUUACAAGAGAAGGGAAAUUCAAACUCUUGAGGAAGAAAAGAAACGGGGCACUUUCUCUCCUCAAAUUGAUGGUGAUAAUCUUGCGUCAGACGUCAAGUUUGAUCAUCCAGGUACUUCAUCUCCCUGCUAUGCUGGAAAUCUGGUUUCCAACCCGCAGAAUGCCGGACUCUCUGCAAGUAUGGAGCAAUCAGGGUCUGAAACUCAAAAGCAAAAUAACGGAAACAUCUGUUCUAAAGAUGUUUUUGGUGGAACUCCUGAAGAUUUUGGCACGCCUGCUCAAGUAAAAAUGCUGCCUCAGACCGAUCGGCAGGAAAAGAUAUCAGCUGCAGAUGUGGUGUGUUCAACAUGCAAGCAACUGCUUUUUCAUCCUGUUGUUCUUAACUGUGGUCAUGUAUACUGUGAGUCUUGCAUCAAGAACUCAACUGAUGAGAUGCUUAGAUGCCAAAUUUGUCAACUCCCACAUCCAAGAGGAUUUCCAAAAGUUUGUUUGGAGCUUGAUCACUUUAUAAAGGAACAAUUCCCUGAGGAAUAUGCAAAGCAAAGAGAUGCUGUUCAACUGAGGCAUAUCAACGAUAAACGUUCAUUGAACGAGGGUGGAGGAGGAAAAGCAGCAUGGUGGUCUGAUCCUCACUCAAAAGUACAUGUUGGAGUUGGUUGUGAUUUUUGUGGGAUGUUUCCAAUUGUUGGGGAUAGAUACAGAUGCAAAGACUGUAAGGAGAAGGUUGGUUUUGAUCUUUGCGCUGAUUGUUAUAAAAUUCGCAGCAAGAUUCCUGGUCGGUUCAAUCAGCAGCACACUCCAGAUCACGAGUUUGAGCUUAACUCAGUGAACAUGAUCCAUAGCAUAAUAACACUGGUAACUGGACGGUUAGGACAUGGUUCCACUGAAAACUUGCUGAUGGAAGGCCUAGGGUUUAGACCUGAAGAUCCCAAUUUGGUUGUUGAUGCUGAUGAAGAACAUGCCCAGAAUGACUCUGAAGGCACCAAUUGAAGAGUUGAAUUGACAAAAAUCCCAUGGUCAUCUGCUGUUUUUUUGGUUGGGAAUCAGUCAAUAGUUCAUUUGGAAAAGGACAGUUGAGGAACCAUGAGUGAUGAUCACAGAUAAGGACCUUGAAAAAAAUCAGAAUUAGUCUCAAGGACAAUAAAACUAUUAUUAGUUACAAUUUGAUCUUGUGCAUGUUACCAGAGUGUUUAUAUUCAAUGGUAGUGACAAUUUUAAACAUCGUUGUAAGAUUGAAAAGAUCAAACUAUAAUUUUAGGAAAUACCGCUGAUAACAUCAGGGAGCUAUUCAAAUGGUUCUUGAGAUUUUUUUUAAAUAGUUUUAAGGUUUGUAAUUGUUAAUAUUUUGCUUCAUGGCUUUCUGCAAGGAAAGUCAUAUAU